AUGGAAAGUGACGAGCGCGUCACAGUUGAAGAACUUGCGUCAAUGUAUGAUAUCAGCUCUGGUACUGCUUUUACAAUUCUGUCCCAACACUCGGAUAUGAAAAGAGUUUCGGCGCGCUGGAUACCCAAACUCCUGACUGAUGAAGACAAAACAAGAAGAUUACAUCUUUCUAGGGCAUUCCUUGGGCGGCAUUCAAAUGAAGACGAUUUUCUUCAACGAAUAGUCACAACUGACGAAACGUGGUUUUUUCAUUACGAUCCUGAAACGAAGCAACAGUCUUCAACAUGGAAGAGAAAAUCAUCCCCGCCACCCCCCAAAGCUAAAGUGAUUCGGCGUGAUCUUGUGAAUGCUAUUCGGAAGAUAAGGAUUGACAAGCAGAUAGAAGAGUUUCUUCUACAUCAAGACAACGCUCCUGCCCACCGUGCUGAUACAUGCUUGCUUGAGUUGGAUUUGUUAGGUUUAGAUCGUGUGAUUCAUGCACCUUACAGUCCGGACCUAGCGCCGAUGGAGUUCAAGGUUUUCCCUACUGUGAAGGCGGAAUUACGCGGUAGAAAGUUUAAAAACAGAAAAACUAACGUAUGCGACACGGACAAUCGUUAG